CAGAGGAGAGGAGCGGCCGCCAUGUUAACCAAGAAGCCCGGAGCCUCGGUCCUCCCGACGGGCAAAGUGGGCGAGCCGGUCUACUCUCCUGGUCACAGCGGCUCUCAGACGACAUCACCCAUCGCUCUACCUCCGCUACGCAACAUCAACCACAACCCCCUGACGGGAGGCUCUAAAGCCGCCAUGUCGGACUCUGUCCAGCUGUCGUCGCAGUCGCAGGUCCACGUCACCCAGCUAUACGAGGAGAACACCAACAAGCGUCCGGUCCUGACCUCCCAACCCAACGGCCUGGCUCCGCUAAGCUCCACCCGGCCGGGCCUGCCCCUGCCGGACCGCCAGACCUCGGCCUCGGAGCCUUCCCAUCACCUCCGCCAGGGCAGCGCCGCCUCCACCAAGUCUGCGGACACCAAGCCAAAGCCCACCGCCCUGACGCCGGACCAGUCCAUGAAGCAGUUCAUGGCCAAAAUGUCGUCGUUCGAACACCACGAGGUUUUCAACUAUCCUGAAGUGUAUUUUGUUGGUCCGAAUGCCAAGAAGAGGUCAGGAGUCAUGGGCGGAGCCAACAACAGCGGCUACGACGACGAUCAGGGAUCCUACAUCCACGUCCCACAUGACCAUAUCGCCUACCGCUACGAAGUCCUGAAAGUCAUCGGCAAGGGCAGCUUUGGACAGGUGGUGAAGGCCUUCGACCACAGAUCGCAGACCCACGUGGCUCUGAAGAUGGUCCGCAACGAGAAGCGAUUCCACCGGCAGGCGGCGGAGGAGAUCCGCAUCCUGGAGCACCUGAGGAAACAGGACAAAGACUCGAGCAUGAACGUCAUCCACAUGCUGGAGAACUUCACCUUCCGAAACCACAUCUGCAUGACGUUCGAGCUGCUCAGCAUGAACCUGUACGAGCUCAUCAAGAAGAACAAGUUCCAGGGCUUCAGCCUCCCGCUGGUCAGGAAGUUCGCCCACUCCAUCCUGCAGUGUCUGGACUCGCUGCACAAGAACCGCAUCAUCCACUGCGACCUCAAGCCCGAGAACAUUUUACUGAAGCAGCAGGGACGCAGCGGUAUCAAGGUCAUAGACUUUGGUUCCAGCUGUUAUGAACAUCAGAGAGUUUACACCUACAUCCAGUCCAGGUUCUACAGAGCGCCAGAAGUCAUUCUAGGCUCACGGUAUGGGAUGCCUAUCGACAUGUGGUCUCUGGGCUGCAUCCUGGCCGAGCUCCUGACCGGCUACCCGCUGUUGCCGGGCGAAGAUGAAGCAGAUCAGCUGGCCUGCAUCAUCGAGCUGCUUGGCAUGCCCAGUCAGAAGCUCCUCGACGCCUCCAAGCGAGCAAAGAACUUUGUGUCGUCCAAAGGUUACCCGCGGUACUGCACUGUUACGACGCUGCCCGACGGCACCACCGUGCUGAACGGCGGCCGGUCGCGGCGGGGGAAGGUACGCGGCCCGCCGGGCAGCAAGGACUGGAGCGCAGCGCUGAAAGGCUGCGACGACCCGCUGUUCCUGGAUUUCCUAAAACAGUGUCUGGAGUGGGACCCGGCGCUCAGAAUGACGCCCAGCCAAGCGCUGCGCCACUCGUGGCUGAGGAGGCGACUCCCGAAACCACCGGCAGGAACCACCACGGGGGAGAAGACCUCCUCGUCCAAACGGGGAACCACAGACGGCGGCAUCACUUCCAUCUCCAAACUAACCGCCACCUCUGCAACCACAACGUCCUCCUCCUCCAAAACCAGGACUAACUUGGCAGCGAUUACCGACGCCAACGGAAACAUCCAGCCUAGGACGGUUCUGCCAAAGCUGGUCAGCUGAGAGUGAAUGCACCCCCGCUCGCUGUGGUGGGAAAU